UUCAUAUUCACAAACCGUCCGCCCUCACAGGCUUCGCAAAAUAAGCAGCGUUUUCCACCACCUCCCUCAGGCAUUAUCAACUGGCUUCUACUGUUUUACCUGGUCAGAUCAUUCCAAUCAAAGUCUUCCUAUCUCUCCGGGUUUAGGUUUAUUUAGGGAUUUUCUGAAGAUAUGGAGAAAGAGCUGGUGGAGCUAUUUGAAGCAGCCAAGAAGGCGGCGGACGUGGCGGCCGUUGACGGAACAUCGUCGAGUGGACCCGAGGUUUCGCGAUGUGUCGAUGCGUUGAAGCAGCUUAAGAGCUUUCCUGUCACGUAUGACAUCCUUGUCUCCACUCAGGUUGGGAAACGUCUUCGGCCUCUCACGAAACAUCCUAGGGAGAAGAUACAGAAUGUGGCUUCUGACUUGCUUGAGAUUUGGAAGAAAAUAGUCAUAGAAGAGACAAACAGAAAAAAGAAAAAUGGUAGCACUGAAGUGAAAGUUGAGAAGGUUCAGAAGGCUGUAAAGGUUGAAAAGGUUUCAACAAAAGAAACUGUCAAGAUUGAGAAAUCUGGCAGUUUUUCAAGGUCAGAAACUGUGCGGGUGGAAAAAAGGGAAGUAAAUGGGGGUGCUGAGCCUGUCAAGGUUGAAAAGAUAAUUAAGGAGGAGAAGCAAGCUUCUAGUGUUAAAAAACCAACACAGGCACCCUUUGGGACCCCAAAGCUGACAGCAUUGGUUAGAUGUAAUGAUUCUUUGCGUGACAAAAUUAGGGAACUUCUUGUGGAGGCCUUGUCCAAAGUUGCUGGUGAGGCUGCUGAAGAAGAGGUGCAUGCAGUAAAUGCAUGUGAUCCAAUCCGGGUCGCUGUAUCUGUUGAAUCUGUAAUGUUUGAAACAUUAGGCCGGUCUAACGGCUCCCAGAAACUCAAGUACAGAUCUAUCAUGUUCAACAUCAAGGAUCCAAAAAACCCUGAUUUGAGGAGGAAGGUUCUCCUUGGAGAGGUCAAGCCAGAGAGGCUUGUCACAAUGUCCCCAGAAGAAAUGGCAAGUGAUGCAAGGCAACAGGAGAUUAGCCAAAUUAAAGAGAAAGCUCUGUUUGAUUGUGAGCGAGGUAUUGCACCAAAGGCUACAACUGAUCAAUUUAAGUGUGGUCGUUGUGGUCAACGUAAAUGCACUUACUAUCAAAUGCAGACUAGGAGUGCCGAUGAACCUAUGACAACCUAUGUAACAUGUGUAAACUGCAACAAUCAUUGGAAGUUCUGCUAAUUAGAUUUCCUCUAUAUCUGCCAUUCUUGUUGAGAAGAAAUUGAGCAGAUUAUCCGGAAACUUGAUCCCCUUUGUAACGAACAAUCAGUCGAGUCUAGUCUUUUAAGGUUUAGAAGAAAGCUUUGUUGAUUUUUUUUUCUUU